AAAUAAUAUAAUUUUGACGGUUGUGAUUUCAUUUUGAAUUUUAACGGUUUCAAUCAAUUAUAGUAAAACGAGCAAGCCCAUUUACGGCCCAAUCUACACAGCUGUCUUUUCGUCUUCCCACACUAAUCAGACUCGGCAUGGUGACCGGGGAAGAAGGUCUCGUUUUCAAAAUUUCUAAACGAAAAGUUUAAAAUUUCGAGGCGGGAGAUUUGCGAAAUCAAUGGGCUUUUCUUCUUCUGUUUCAAAUCUGGAAAUUUUCGCGCUAAUUCGCUUUUAGGCUCUUGAUGGAUGACUAUGGUGGUUCUGAUUUGAGCAUUGAGGAUCUGAUGGAUGAGUAUUCUUCUCGACCCUCACAAAUAGCUGAAUGGUUAUGGUGUAUUGAAUAUGUAGCCAAAUUUGUGAAGGAUAUAAGCUGCUUACUCGAUUUGAUGAACAUGGGUUAUCAAUACUCUAAUGACUAUGGGAGGAGGAUUAAUGAAGUCCUGUCUCUGAGAGUCUUGGAGUUCAUGUUUGAUCCAACCAAGUAUGAUGCUAACGGUGUUGGUGUUGCUUCUACUUCAGAGGCAAGAGUUGAGUUUGAUUUAUCUUUGAGUAACACUGAUGUUCUCAGAGCAAUUCUGAAAGAGAUUCCAGUAUCAGAACUGCGAGCGGGCAUGCCAGAGCUAUCAAAGUUUGAUGUUCUUCCAUUUAUUGCUCACAAGAAAAUGUGUUUGCCACAAUGCGCACUGGAGAUGCUGAGAGAUGUGAGUUUAAUGGAGAAUCAGACUAGUGCAGCUCCUUCCAUGGAAACAAAUGACCCUGUUUUUAGAGAUGAUAGAUCAGUGCACAUGGAUACAUGCGAGGAGGUGACGGUAGGUGAGCAACGAGUACAUAUUGGUAACGAGAAGAAACCCAUGGAUGAGCAGCAAGUGCAUAUUGGUUUGGAACAAAACAUAAAAGAGAAGGAUAAAGUAAUUGCUAUCGACGACGAAGAUGAGCCAAUGCACACUAAUGAUAAAGGUGAAGUAAUUGUGAUCGAUGACGAUACUGAGAGGGAUCAAGACACAACCGCUGAACCCAUUAACAACGGUAAUACUACUGAUGAGACCUUUUCUCCAAGCUCUAGAAGAUCUCCAAAGGAUGCACGUGUAAAAUGUACAAACGAUGGAACCUGGUUAAUCAGUGGGAGCGAUGAUGAGUCAGAUAUGGUUAAAGAUCCAGCCUCGAUCAAGAAAAAUCCAAACACUGACUUGAACCUUCUUCCUUCGAGCUCCCCAACAAGACCGGAGAAUGUAUGCUGGAAAUGUGAGAAAGAAGGAACAUUAUUGAUAUGUAGCAAAAGCGAGUGUGCAGCAAAAGUUCACAAGGAAUGUUUGAAUUGUCCGGUUAACGUUGAUGAAGGUGGGAACUUUCUCUGCCCUCUGUGCUGGUAUGACCGAGUCGCCAUGGAGUACAAUGAAUCGAAGAGGUUGAUUGGCGGCGCCAAGAGAAGAUUGGUGAAGUGUUUCCCGGUACUUUCAAUAAGAAGCAAGAGACUCAAGUGAUGAUGCUGCAACUUCACUAUAAUUUAAUCUCUUCUUUGUCUUUUGGGGUGAUCGAUGUUAGAUAUGUAAUUGUAGAAUUAAGUAUGUGCUUUUGUGCAGUUCGAAUCUCUUGUCCUUGGUAUAUUCUGGGUAGGAGACAAGUUAGGGAAGGAAGGUGAAGCAACAAUGUUCAUGUGUUGAUGUAAAGAAUUUGAAAACGCAGGCGCCAAGUUAAGGAUUUGAAUGGUGAUUAUUUAAGGGUAAUUGUACUAAA